AUGCUUCAGAAACAUUCUGGUCCACCUCUUGGCUUAGAACGGAUUCAUCGAUAUUUUUGUUACGUUUGUGGAACUCUUCUUCCACACAAGUUGGAAGUUAAUGAUUUAUUAGUAUGCCGAAAAUGUAAAACUUCUACAUGUAUGCAUUGGUUCAGUAAUAUGGAUGCAACUUUCAAUACUGAAGCCAAAUCUAGUAAAAUAGGCCAAUUUAAUAACGAUGAGUAUGAAUCUACAUCUUUAUUCUUUCCAUCAAUGAUUAGAGGGGCUAAAAAGAUCUUAAGAUCGAAAAUCGCUUUAAAGGAGGCUUUGGAGUCACAAUUUGAAAACAGUACAUCACAAUCAACAUUUGAUGGACCAUCUAUUAUAAAAGAAUGUGCCUAUUGCGGUAAUGAUAGAAUGACUUAUGUUACAGUUCAAACUCGUUCAGCAGAUGAAGGACAAACUGUAAUAUAUACCUGUACCCAAUGUUCUAAAAAAGAGAUUGAAAAUACUUGA